AAACCCUCUUACCCCUUGAGAGAGGAAAACAAAAAGAAUAUAAACCAUCUUUUUUUUAAUCUGUGACUUUAAGUCUCAUUUAAUUUGGAUGAGCGUGUUUUUUGGGUUCCUUAAUAAGCUGAGCCUUUGCCGUUUUAUUUUCUCUUUGUUAUAUAAGUGCGUCUCUUGGUUUUACACGUUCUCUUUUUACGAAAUGGAAAAAGCAAAAGGAGUUUCACUGUGCUCUCUUCAUCUUCCAAUGCCCUCUUGAUCUUAGUGCUUGAAGACUUGAAUGAAAAGGGUUCAUCGAGCGGGCGACAAUCUUGUUUUGUCUUUGAGUAAUUGAGUAGGAUCAAGAAGUGAGUCAUUGAGUAAGAGACUAAAGAGUAGUAAUGGGGAUGAAGAGUAAGCUGAAACAGGAACAAGUUGCAGAUACAAGAAGCCUUGUGGGUUUGGUAUUCUCUUGGUCUAUAAGGGAUGUUCUCAAUGAAAACCUUUACAGAAAUCAGGUGCAGAGGAUCCCCGACACAUUUGUGACAUUGACGAGUUACAAGAAAUCAUUCAUUCCUUCACUUGUUGAGGAAACUCAUGCUGAUUUACUAUCGAAUAUGUUGAAUCUGUCACAAGCACCUACUUGUGAAAUUCUGACAAUCGAAGAUUCAGAUGGAACUCCUGGUGACUUGCUUUACGAUGUAACAUAUCAGAGAGAUACAGAAACUGAUGAGAAUCACAAAGGACUGAUGUAUGAGCCACAGGUUGGAGAUAUCAUUGCCUUGACUAAUGUUAGACCAAAAUGCAUUGAUGAUUUGAACAGGCCUCCAAGGUUCUAUCUAAUCGCUCAUGUUGAUAAAGCAAAUGAUAUUGAAGAAUUUCCUGAUGAUCUCCAGUUCAAAAUACUAUCAUCGAAGCCUAUCAACUAUGGAGAACCAGACAUGCAUAAGAGCAAGAGAGAGACACUUUUUGCUGUCUAUCUUAUGAACUUGACAACAAAUCUCCGUGUAUGGAAGGCUUUGAACUCAGAGGGAAAUACAAAUAUCAUUAACAAAGUUCUGCAACCCAAGUCAGAUGAUGGGGAUUCUUGUUCUGUUUGCUUUUCCAAAGAAAAAUGCAAUGCUGGCAUUUCUGCAUUAUGGCCUACAAUUUGCUCUCAAAAUCUAAAUGAAUCCCAAGAAGCUGCAGUUUUGAACUGUAUCAAUUUGACUCAAUGCCAUCACCAGAAUUCCGUAAAAUUAAUAUGGGGUCCUCCUGGUACUGGCAAGACGAAGACAAUGAGUCUGACACUCUUUGCUCUCUUUCAGUUAAAGUGCAGAACUCUCACAUGUGCUCCCACCAAUAUUGCGGUGCUAGAAGUAGCAGCAAGACUCCGGAGAUUGGUUAACCAGUCACUCGAGUAUGGCAGGUAUGGACUAGGAGAUAUAGUUCUCUUUGGUAACAAGAAGCGAAUGAAGAUUGACAAUAAUGAUGAUGUUCGUGAUAUAUUUCUUGAUCAUCGUGUUAAAAUUCUCAUCAAGUGUUUGGUACCUUUAUCUGGGUGGAAACAUUUGUUAGAAUCAAUGAUACAUUUACUUGAUGAUCCUGAGGAACAAUAUUCUUUGUACUUGGAAAACAGAGCUAAAGAGCAGAAACAGAAUGCACAAAAACAUGAGGAUAAUCAAAAACAUAAUGGAGAUGAGGAUUAUCCUUUGACAUAUGAGGAGUUUGUAAAGAAUGAAUUUGAUUCAAUCAGUCAGGAGCUGAAGGUUUGUAUGGUAGAUUUGUACACCCACUUACCAACUUGUUGCAUUUCACUUAAAGUGGUGAAGGACAUGGUCAGAGCUUUGGGUUUGCUCAAGUCUAUUAAAUCUUCAUUGCAUACUACUGUUGUUGCUAAUGAAGGGUUGAAGUUAGUCUUCAAAGAUUCCAAAGUUCCAGGAAGCAUUGUUGGUUGCCUUACGCAGUUGAGAACAGAGUGUACAAACACACUGAAGUCGCUUCCUAUUAACAAAUAUGCAUUAAUGAACUUCUGCCUAGAAAAUGCUUGCUUAAUAUUCUGUACUGCAUCAACUUCUUCCAAAUUGCAUGUUGUAGCAGGAACAAGACCGUUGGAAUUGUUGGUCAUUGAUGAAGCUGCUCAGCUUAAAGAAUGUGAAUCAGCAAUUCCUUUACAACUAUCUGGUCUCCGCCAUGCUAUCCUUGUAGGAGAUGAGAGGCAACUCCCUGCCAUGGUUAAAAGCGAGAUUGCAGUAAGUGCUGAUUUUGGAAGAAGUUUGUUUGGAAGGCUGGCAAAGUUGGGGCACAAGAAGCACCUACUCAAUGUCCAGUACAGGAUGCAUCCAUCCAUCAAUUUAUUUCCAAAAAGGGAGUUCUAUGACAACCAGAUAGUAGAUGGUCCAAAUGUCAAAGAAAGAAGCUAUGAGAGGUGCUUCCUCAAGGGAAAAAUGUACCAAUCCUAUUCCUUCAUAAAUGUAGCCGAUGGAAAAGAAGAAUUUGAUCACAGAUUUAGUCGGAAAAAUAUGGUGGAGGUUGCUGUAGUCUCUGGGAUAGUAGCAAGCCUUUAUAAAGAAUUCAUUGGGACAAAGCAGAAAGUUAGUAUUGGGGUCAUAUCACCAUACAAGGCUCAAGUUUAUGCAAUUCAAGAGAUACUCAGAAAAUAUACUGAAACUUCUCACACUGGCUUCUCUCUAAGUGUGCGAACUGUUGAUGGGUUCCAAGGUGGUGAAGAAGAUGUGAUAAUUAUAUCUACUGUCCGAUGUAAUGGGAAGGGGUCAGUUGGUUUCUUGUCGAACCAGCAAAGAGCAAAUGUUGCCCUAACACGUGCAAGGUAUUGCCUUUGGAUAUUGGGGAAUUCUUCAACUUUGAUUAGUAGUGACUCUGUUUGGAAGAAGCUAGUCCUUGAUGCCAAGAGACGGAAUUGUUUUUAUAAUGCUGAUGAAGACAGCAACUUGGCUCAGGCUAUUACAGCUGCCCUGCUGGAGCUUGACCAACUUCAUUCUCUGCUUAAUAUCGACUCUAUGCUGUUCAAAAAUGCUAUAUGGAAGGUUUGCUUCACUCACAACUUUUUGAGCUCCAUAACAAAAAUUAAAGACACUGUGAUUCUUUGGGAAGUGCUUGCGUUAUUAACCAAGCUUUCGAGUGGAUGGCGCCGACCUCUUGAGGAAAAAGGAACUUUAGUGUAUGAUGGGACUUCUGCUCAACUGUUAGAGAAGUAUAAAAUCAAUGGGAACUUGAAUCUCAUUUGGACUGUAGAUAUUCUCCAGGAGAAUGGACAUUACAUCCAAGUUAUGAAGUUUUGGGAUAUUUUGCCAUUUUCUCAUAUAGCAGAACUAGCAAAGCGUCUUGACAUUGUUUUUGGGAAUUUUACAGUGGACAAGAUGAACCGCUGCCGUCACAAAUGCAUUGACAGGGAUGUUGUUGUUCCAAUGAGAUGGCCGGUGGUUUUCAGCAAUUCCCCUAUGGCUGAUCAUGAGGAGUCCCUUUCAAAACCAUUGUCUUCUUUCAGUAUAACAACUAAUCGAGAAACAGCAACUUCAACAUAUGGGAAUACAUCGAAAGCAGUAAAACCAAUUAUCCCUUCGAAAAGCAAUGUCAAUCAAAGAGAAAGAUUGCUAUGGAAAAUAAAAGCUGAAAGAGUGAAGGAUUUCAGCACUUGCCCUGAAGCUAACCCUGUGGACUUGUCAAAACCAUUAUCAUCACUAAGUCUAGCAGAUAAGCCAGAAGCAUCUACAUCCACUGACAUGGAGACAGGGAAAGCAGUAAAACCAAUUAUCCCUUCGAAAAGCAAUGUCAAUAAAAAAAAAAGAUUGUUAUGGAAAAUAAAGGGUGAAGAAGGAGUGAAGGAUUUCAGCACUUGCCUUGAAGCUAACCCUGUGGACUUGUCAAAACCAUUAUCAUCACUAAGUCUAGCAGAUAAGCCAGAAGCAUCUACUUCCGUUGACAUGGAGACAGGGAAAGCAGUAAAACCAAUUAUCCCUUCGAAAAGAAAUGUCAAUCAAAAAGAAAGAUUGUUAUGGAAAAUAAAGGGUGAAGAAGGAGUGAAGGAUUUCAGCACUUGCCUUGAAGCUAACCCUGUGGAGUUCUUGUCAAAUCCAUUACCAUCACCAAGUCUAGCAGAUAAGCCAGAAGCAUCUACUUCCACUGACAUGAAGACAUCGAAAGCAGUAAAACCAACUAUCCCUUCGAAAAGAUAUGUCAAUAAAAAAGAAAGAUUGUUAUGGAAAAUAAAGGCUGAAGGAGUGAAGGAUUUCAGCACUUGCCUUGAAGCUAACCCUGUGGACUUGUCAAAACCAUUAUCAUCACUAAGUCCAGCAGAUAAGCCAGAAGCAUCUACUUCCACUGACAUGGAAUCUGCGAAAAGAUCCACUACCAAAAGCGAUUCAAAAAGCACUGCGAGUCGAAGAAGGAGAUCAUCAUCAAAACUAAAAGUCGGAGACCAGGUGUUCCUUAAGAUUCGACCUUCUUGUGGAAUUAAAAGGUAUUUCAAAGGCGCAAAACUCACUCCACGGUUUACUGGUCCUUUUGAGGUUUCGGAGUAGUUGGUGAACAUUCUUAUCAAGUAUCACUUCCGCCUAAAC